CGCCGGAAAGUAAUGUAGUCAUUAGCAUCGCUAGCAUCGUUUGACAAGCUUCUCUUUCAGCUGAAUCAACGUAUGAUCGCUGAAAGUCUUUCUUAAGGUUUAACUGAACUGUUUCUCUCUGAGAGAGAAGGCAGUGACAUAUUCAGGAUGGAUCCAGCUCUGCUGAGAGAGCGAGAGCUCUUCAAAAAAAGAGCUCUAUCCACUCCUGCAGUAGAGAGGAGACCAGCGUCCUCUGAGCCCUCUGGCUCAUCCAAGAAGAAGAAGAGCAAACUUGACAGAGAGACGUCAUCAUCCUCCAAAAACAGCACAGAUCCCAGCAAUGGCUCCUUUAAUCUCAAAGCUCUCUCGGGGAGUUCAGGAUACAAGUUUGGGGUUCUGGCACGAAUUGUCAACUAUAUGAAGACAAGGCACCAGAGAGGUGAUACUUAUCAUCUGACUCUAGAGGAGAUUCUGGAUGAGACCAAACUGCUGGACAUCGGCAUGAAGCAGAAGCAAUGGCUCAUGAGUGAGGCAUUAGCAAGUAAUCCUAAAAUAGAUGUGCGGGAAGGGAAAUAUGCCUUUAAACCCAAAUAUCAUCUGAAGGAUAAGAAAGCUCUGCUAAGACUACUGGACAAACACGAUCAGCUGGGACUAGGAGGAGUGUUACUCGAUGAUGUUGAAGAGGGUCUACCCAACGCAGCCAAGGCUAUUAAAGCUCUUGGGGAUCAGAUUAUAUUUGUGACCAGGCCAGACAAGAAGAAGAUUCUAUUCUACAAUGACAAGCACUGUCAGUUUGUUGUUGAUGAAGAGUUUCAGAAGCUGUGGCGCAGUGUCCCUGUUGAUUCCAUAGAUGAGGAAAAGAUCGAAGAAUACCUACAGAAACAGGGCAUAUCAUCCAUGCAGGAAACUGGACCAAAGAAACUAGCACCCAUUCAGAAGAGGAAGAAACCAGGAACACAGAGAAAGAGACGGUUUAAGACUCAUAAUGAUCAUCUGAAUGGAGUAUUGGAGGACUAUUCUGAGGGAGUUCCCACCAAGAAGUAACAUGUACAUUAUAUUCACACUGUAAAGGUUUAAAGAGAGAAGACUGAUAUCUGUGUGAUGUUUGUAUAUCUGAUCAAACAUCUUAUUGCCAAAACCACAGACAUACACACGCACACACACACACACACUUUAGAACUGUACUGAGAGAAAUUAAUGUGAACAUUCUGUAAAUAUUUUCUUUCCACUCAGAAGUUUUACUUUAUUGCUUGUGCUUAAAAAAUGUAAAAUUGUUUAGCUCUUUUUCUUCUUUUUUUUUUUUUUUUUUUUUUAGAUUGAACAAUUAAACAAGAGCUAUC